CCUGGCAGUUACAUCCCUAAGGUGUCCUGGGAAGCCACGCCCUCCACGCCCCUUCCCAGCCGUCAAGCCCGGCCAGCCCAGAGCCAGUCCGGAAUGAUCCGGCUAUGGCCAAGCUCUGGUUCAAGUUCCAGCGGUGUUUCCGGUAUUUCCGCAGGAAGCCGGUACGCUUCUUUACCCUGCUGGCUCUCUACCUGACCGCUGGGAGCCUCGUCUUCCUGCAUUCGGGCUUCGUGGGCCAGCCCGCUGUGCCCCAGAGCCAGGCCAGCCCUGCAGCGGGGAGCCCGGCAGAAGGAGCCGAGCUACCUUUCCUGAGUGACUUGCACCUGGGCCGAGGCUUCCGGGACACGGGGGAGGUCUCCAGCAUCGCACGCAGGUACGGACCCUCAUUCAAGGGCAAAGAGACCGGCGAGAGAGCCAAGCUGGGCGACUACGGAGGAGCCUGGAACCGAGCACUCAAGGGGAGAGUUGUCCAGGAGAAGGAGAAGGAAAAGGAAGAGGAGAGAGCCAAGUACAUCGGCUGCUACCUGGACAACACCCAGAGCCGGGCCCUGCGAGGUGUGUCCUUUUUCGACUACAAAAAGAUGACAGUCUUCCGUUGCCAGGACAACUGUGUUGAACGGGGCUACCUGUAUGCUGGGCUGGAGUUCGGUGCCGAGUGCUACUGUGGCCACAAGAUCCAGGCGGCCAACGUGAGCGAAGCGGAGUGUGACAUGGACUGCAAGGGAGAGCGUGGCAGUGUGUGCGGUGGCGUCAACCGCCUCUCCGUCUACCGGCUGCAGCUGGCCCAGGAGUCUGCCCGCAGGUAUGGAAGUGCGGUGUUCAGGGGCUGCUUCCGCCGACCCAACAACCUCUCCCUGGCCUUGCCUGUGACAGCUGCCAUGCCAAACAUGUCGGUGGACAAGUGCGUGGACCUCUGCACAGAGAAGGAAUACCCCCUGGCAGCUCUCGCUGGCACCGCCUGCCACUGUGGGUUUCCCACUACACGAUUCCCUCUUCAUGACCGGGAGGACGAGCAGCUGUGUGCCCAGAAGUGUAGUGCCGAAGAGUUUGAGAGCUGCGGUACCCACAGCCACUUCAUUGUGUACCAGACGCAGGUCCAAGACAAUCGCUGCAUGGACCGAAGGUUCCUCCCAGCCAAGUCUAAGAAGCUCAUCGCGCUGGCCAGCUUCCCCGGUGCCGGCAACACGUGGGCUCGCCAUCUCAUCGAGCUGGCCACUGGCUUUUACACGGGCAGCUACUACUUCGAUGGCUCUCUGUACAACAAAGGGUUCAAAGGCGAGAGAGACCACUGGCGCAGUGGGAGGACCAUUUGCAUCAAGACCCAUGAGAGUGGCCAGAAGGAGAUCGAGGCCUUCGACGCAGCUAUUCUGCUCAUCCGAAACCCCUACAAGGCCCUCAUGGCCGAGUUCAACCGCAAGUAUGGAGGUCACAUAGGCUUUGCUGCCCAUGCCCACUGGAAAGGCAAAGAGUGGCCUGAGUUCGUGAGGAACUAUGCCCCGUGGUGGGCCACGCACACGCUGGACUGGCUCAAGUUUGGCAAGACGGUACUGGUGGUGCACUUCGAGGAUCUGAAGCAGGACCUCUUUGCACAGCUGGGCCGAAUGGUCAGCCUGCUGGGCGUGGCGGUCAGGGAAGACCGGCUGCUGUGCGUGGAGAGCCAGAAGGAUGGCAACUUCAAACGCUCCGGGCUCCGCAAGCUGGAAUACGACCCUUACACGGCCGAGAUGCGCAGGACCAUCGCCGCUUACAUCAGGAUGGUGGACACGGCGCUGCGUAGUCGAAACCUCACCGGGGUGCCCGAUGCCUAUGGCCCAAGAUGAUGGGCGGCCAUGGAGGGAUCCAGCAACCCCCCACGGCUCCAAAGAGCUGGCUUCCCUCUGGCAUGAAAACAACCCCAGGCUUCUGCCUGCCUUCAGAGAGGCCCCUCCGAGGCUUGGGGAGAAGACAUCCAGGCAUCUUCCCCUGGCCGCCUGGUUUGGGGAGUCCCUGUCCCUGCUGUUGAGGGGAAAGCAGAGAUGUUUAUCAUGGCGAUGGCAGUGGUUGGGAGGUUCUGGAUGGCAGCUGGUGGACAGUUAGACGCAAUGACCCUGUCUCUUCCCCUGAGCAAACACCGGCUUUCUGAUCUCUCUCAGGCCACCUCUGUGUGACAGACAUACAGCUGGGACCUGUCUCUGUGGCCUUAGGAGUCUAGCUUCUGAGGAGGUGCUUUGUGCACUGCCGUGGGAGCUGCCCCCAGGCUCAACCACAAGUGAGAUCCAAGCUGGGUGCUGUUCCGUCUCUAGGGCUGGAACUCUGUCCUCUCUACCCGUGCUGUCUUGGGGGUGGGGGUGACUUUGGGGUUCUCGAUCCUUCUCCCAAAGUCCCUUAGGUACCAAAAACCAACCCAACAGGUUGGCCAUGCAGCACAUACAGAGCCCCACUGACUCAUCUUUUCAGGGCGGAGUCCAACGUGUCUGUCUUACACUGCCCUCCUGAGCCCCUAAUCAGGGAGUCCUUUACUACCCAGGGGUGGGAACUAAAGUGCUCCAACUCGGAGUGAGCCACACUCAAAACAGCCCCCCUACCUGCCAAGACAUCAGCCUCCCUUCCCUUGCUUAUAGUCCAACAGAGCCAGUUCCCCCUGGGGACCCCUUGGAAGCGAAUACCCCCCCAUUCCCACUGCACACUGCUCUCGAUGCUGAGACACCAAACCAAAGGAUUUCUGACUCGAGUCACCGAUCAUGUGUUCAGAAGCACGCAUCCAGGGUCCUGUCUCCCCACCUUGGAUCUCCGUGGCUUUCCCCUCCAGCCCACACCUUCACCGUUCCCAUUGCAUAGACACAAAAGCCAUAGUCACAGCCCCCUUGAUCUUCCGUCUGGAGCAGCCCCCACAGCCCUGGGGGGGGGGAAGGACGAGAAAACACUUGUCCCCACCUAGCCAAGGAACUCCGGAGAAGGUUCGUGAAAAGAGAUAUAUUUUUUUAAGAGGAAUAUGACCAAGACAUUCUGCCCCUUGGACACUGGCUUCGCAAAAAGAAGGGCCAGAAACUCUACUUGGUCCCCUUCUCUGAUGCCCUCACCUGGAGGGUUUGGACCACCCCGGGGCUCAGCCAGGGGGCUCUGAAUGUAUUUUGUACGGUGUUUCUUCCCCCACCCGCAGACUAAUUUCUAGUUUUCUUUCACUGGGUAGUAGAUGAUCAGGUCUCCCCCUCCUGUUUGGAGGCCAGUUCUCUCUGGGUCCAGAACCUGGGCCAGUUCCUUGCUAGUGGCCACCUUUGGUCACGAACUUUCUGUUCGAAGAUUCCUCAGGUCAACACUGUCAUUAAAAAGGGUUUUGUUGCUGAUUCUA